GAGAAGAAGAGAGAUUGAAAACAAAAUUAGAGUGAAUGUAAUACAGUAAUAACACUUGUAUCUUACCUAUCUCUAAGACACCCCAUACGCUAAGUGGCCGGUAAUGUAUACUACGAAGGUGUGCAUGAAUGACUGAAAGUGUCUAGCUGAACUGAAACCCAAAUGAUUAGAUUUAUUAUGGAAUCCGGAAAUAGUGAAGUAUAGCCACAAAAAAAAAAAAAGUAUAAGUUUAAAAGCUUGAGGAACACCUUAUAAAAUAUUCUCAAUAGUGAUACUAUAAUGCAAUGUAUAUCACUGAAAUGCACACAGGUAACAGACCAGGUGGAGAGGCGCGAAUCUUUUAUUGCAAGUGUUGUCUACGUGAUACUUCCAAACCGUCUUGAGAGGUGGGACUACACUAUCGGCUUCGAUUUUUCCCCUUUUAGCUUCGCCAUGGCCAAACCUGGCAGGAGACCACAAUGGCAAAAUUUCUAUUAUCCGUUGAGCAUCUCGACGUGGAUAUCCAUCUUCGGGUCCAUGGUGGCUGUGUGCGUCACUCUUCUCCUGAUUACCAGGAGUGACAUGUGGCGGAAUCGAUACGGCCGCUUGAGUGGUGGGUCGGUAGUGCUCGAGGCGGUGGGGACCCUGCUGGGUCAGGGACUCUUUGGUCGCCUCUCAACAAGGCAUGCCAGUCAUAUUCUCUUGGCAAGUUGGCUGUUCUUCGGUGUGGUGGUAGGGACGGCCUACAGGAGCAGUCUCAUAGCCUCUCUCACCAUCCCUAAGUACCCGAAGCGGCCAGAGACACUAGAGGAGCUCGUGACAUUUGUCGAAAAAAUCACCAUUGCAUCCUAUGGUGUUUACUACAGAAACUUCUUCAGAUCUUCUGACUCUAAGGUAUUCAGUACCUUAGGUAAUCUGAUGUACGCUGGUACUGACAUCAUCGACGGCCUCACCGAUGCACUCACCAUGAAACGAGCUCACGUCGGGGAUCGGCAAUUCCUGGAGCUCACAGUUGCUAAGGAUUUCACGGGUAUCGAUGGCAUUUCCCCAAUCUAUAUAGGGAAAGGGAUUAUCGUAUCAUCAAUCACCGCUUGGCCGGUGCCCCACGAUGCUCCAUACAGACAGCAACUAGAUCGUGGGAUUAUGGCUAUAGCAGAGGCUGGGUUGUACGAACAUUGGAGGAAAGAGAUGCUGGAAGACACCAUGCAGGAAACGCGCUUGAGGAAGCGGGAAGAGUUGAAGAUGGACAAAGAGCAUGGGGUGGAAGCUGCAGAGGAGUCUCAGGAAGCAACAGAAGUUCGGCCGCUCACCGUGUCUCACAUACAGGGUCCCCUCAUCAUCCUUUUGACUGGACUCUUUUCUGGGACAAUGAUCUUCAUGGCAGAGAAGAUAUCAGCUGCAAAAAAUAAAUUAAUGUCCACAAAAGCUGAUAUUCAGUCUGACUUUCUUAGUUAAACUGUCAACUAAUUAAUUAUUACCUACAUAGUACAUAUAUACACUUUUAAGAUCAGACAUUGUAUAUUAUGGUUAUCAUAUAAUUUUUACUAUCAUUUUGUUUGUCUUACGAAAAGAUGAAAAUAAAAUACAACUGUGUGUAACUAACCUUGGAACACUUUCUUUUGUGUGUGUGUGUGUGUGUGUGUGUGUGUGUGUGCAGCUAAGGCUCCUGUAAUCAAGUAAGGCAAAAACAGACAUUUGUUUUUUUUUGCUUCAAAUUAUCAACUAUCGUAUGCAGGUAAGCCCACAGUCAGACUACGGAUGCUAAGAACAUCUAGGAUUUGACUGGCGUCUUUGUGUCUUUUAAUAUCAAAGUACGUGCUCAUCAGUGGGAGUUAGGCCCUGUUUACACUAGUCCGCUUUUACUUAUUCCGUUUCCGUACACCGUCCAACAAUGAAGUCACCAUCGUUUCCGUUCGAGCGACUGUCGUGGGAACCGGGCUCCGUUUCUGCCUCCGCUUGAACGGACGCCAUCUAGCGGAAGAGGUGAACAGAAGUUAACUUUGAACGGAGAG